AUGGAAACUUUCCCAAAUUUUCCAGAUAUCCUGCAAGAUCCCAACUUGACAAGAAACGAAUCAAAUUUUAUGUCUGAAACAGAACAAAAUCCAAAUAAUGAUACAAAGGGUUUUCAUGGCGUUAACCAGCUCGGUGGAACAUUUAUCAAUGGACGUCCACUGCCUGAGAGCGUCCGCCAAAUGAUAUUGAAGUUGCACCAUGAUGGCGUCAAGUCCUGCGAAAUUUCCCGGAUUACCAAGGUCUCUCACGGAUGUGUGAGCAAGCUCCUCAACAGAUACCAAAAUACCGGAUCUAUAGCGCCCUCUAUCGCCGGCGGAUCCAAACCAAAAGUAUCGACAGACGCCGUGGUGGACAUGGUUGUUAAAUACAAGACAGAAAACCCAGAGAUGUUUGCCCGGGAAAUAAGACGGCUACUCAUCCAAAACGCCGUCUGCUCUGAGGAUAAUGUACCAAGUGUCAGCUCUAUCAACAGAAUUUUACGACGAAACGACCUAGGGACGAAAUCUCUUCCAAUGGGAUCAAAUAUGGUGGAGAGAUUUAGUGCAUUGUCAGGAAUGAAUAACUUCAAAGGCAAUGAAAUUAUGGUCAAAAGAAUUGCAGCAUUCCAGGUACAAGACCUAGGGGUUUCCCCGUGGCAACUAGGAGGGCACACUCAGCAGUCCUUAAAGCGGAAACACGAGGAAGAAGACGCCACUAAUCCUGCAAAGGUCCAGCGAACCGAAACCAGUAUUCUUGGAAUCACCAAUCAACCAAUAUCUACAGAAAUGAAUAAACCCAACAUAGAGAACCCCUCCACUGAGUCAGUGCAACAGAAAAGGCCCUGUGGCACCCUAAAAAACCCCGUCCCAAUUCAACCAAAACCUUCCAAAAUCCAAGUAGAUACUUCCGCGGCGUCUGACUUUCAUCAUUUUAAACCUGGCCAGCUUAUUUCUUUCGUGUCACAGAGUGGAACAGCAGUUUCACGAAGACUCCAGGGAACAGAGAAAGCACAGUCUGAUGGUCGGCAAAAUAGGAUCCAUGGUGCAGAGAUGCUAAUCCAGAACACAGUGACAAGUCAACAUGUUUCUCCCCUAGUACAAAACUCAAUAUCAUCGAUAUCAUCGACUAACACUUUAGGGUUGGCAUCAGUCCAAACCCCACCAAAUAACGAUCUUUCUGUAUCAUCAAAUGAUCACAAUGACAACACAAAUUCCUCAGGUAACAGAAACCAAGAACCAGGAUGUUUCCAGCCCUUUUCCUUCGUGGAUCCAACUUUUGGUUUAAUUAGCGUGUCCCCAGCACCACCUGAGAUGCUUUCUUUUUUAGGACUGAAGAAAUAUCAACAAACAGGAGACUCCUUGCAAAAAAGGACAAAUGGUAAAUUUGCAAGCAACGGAAAUAGUGCUCAGUGCAUCUUUGUUGAAAACCAGAUUGUUAAUCAUGAAAAGGUCACUGAAAAAUGUUCACCAAUUCAGAUCUUUGAGAGUACCUCCUUCCUCCAGCAGCUGAAUUGUUCACUAGAAGCAGAGCACUGUUCUCCCUCUGUGUGUGACGACAGGGAUUACGCCGUAGAAGAGUCCUUCCAGCGUGACCUUGACGCCUUCUCCAUUGACCUUGGUACGACCUCUGAGUCUGACCUGUCCAGUGACCACGACUCAAUCUUGGAUUCCUUCUAUCGAUCUCCUCCUACUAUUACUGGUGGACCUCAAGGUGAACUUAUCCACAGGAAAGAGUUAUUUCCCGUUUGUUAG